AAUUAUUUACAGUGGUUAUAAGACGGGUGCUGAAAUUGUAAGCACCUCGGAUGGGACUCGAACCCACAAUCCUUGGCUUAGGAGGCCAAUGCCUUAUCCAUUAGGCCACCGAGGCUCACACACUCGUUACAUUAAGUGGCGUUUACAAUAGAGAUCGACUCGGUGUACAAAAGCCAAAGAAAUAUCCACACCCAGAGUUGUUCAGAACAGCAGUAGGACUUGACAGUGAGCAUGAGGUAUGUUUUCUACACCAAUUGUUAUGACGUACAUAGCUAAAUACUGAGACACUUUCUUGGUUUGUAAAACCGUUUAAUUGUAUUUUCCAAAAGAGCCCAUCAUUAUUAAUUAAGAGUGUAGUUACAACAGCGGUUAUAAUAACAACAGUGUAACUAUACAAACAAAUAUAACAGAGACACCAGGGGUACUUUGUAUAUCUUGGUAGUAGUUUUGUCGCAGCUGUAUUAUACCAGCUAGGUGUUAAGAAAUCUUUGCAAAACAUAAGGGUUUAGCUAUAACAUAAAAUAGAAAAAAGCUUCAAAUAAAUAGAUUCGCAAUUUCUUUUAAGAAAAUAACAACAUUCAUACGUUUUAACGCAUUUUGCUUCAGCGUUAGAAAAAAGUUGUAACUGGACUUUAAAGAAGUGUUGUGCCUAGGAAACUAGUUUAUUUUGCUAAAAUAAGUAGAUCGGGUCAGAUGCUCUAUAUUUUUUUAUUCAUUUUUAUCGUCCCAUUUUGCAGCAAACAAAUAUUAUUUACCGAACAAAAUAGCCGUAUCUUCAUAUAACUGCUAAAACCACGAUUAGAAAGGUGAGAUAUUAUGUGCUAACAGUAUGCCAACUUUCCCCACUUUAGCUUCUGUUUGUAAAUUAUGUUGUUUUUAUUCUUUUACAGUGGUACUUAAUUAUGACUGGUUCUCGUUUAUUUAUUGGAAGAGGUUCCCGUUUAAAAAACGUGAUUAUACUGUUUAUAUUCGUCAACUUGGUCGCUGGGUUUGCUUAUAUACACCAUCUCAUUGAAACGAAAAACCGAAACUCAACGGGAAAUGUUUCAUCCGCUAGAAGGAGCCAUGCAGCUGCGCAUGGUUUCAUAAAUGCGUUGUCAAACCAACGCCGAUCCCAUGUCGCGCAAUAUCCAAAGAAAUAUCACUCGGUGCAUCACGGAUCGCAUAAAACGCAUCACAGGUGGCAGAAGACGCGUCACGAAGUUCGUAAAACUCCUCACAGAAAUCAUCACGGAUAUCACCAUCGUCAUCACAUGCAUCACGAUCAUGCGCGUCAUAGUCACGUGGGCCAUCACGGACACUCAUCACUGCGUAAUCAUCGUGUGAAACAACGCCCAUUAUACGUCAGAGAUGACGAGAAGGAAUAUUGGAUGGAAAACGGUGAGGAAUAUAAAGAAACAAGAAACCUAACAACGGCGAUGAGCAUUUCUUCAAGUGACGUCAUGUUUGAUGACGUUGCGGCGGAGAAUCCGUAUUUGGAAAUCGGAGGAUAUUUCAAACCAAAUACGAAGCCACGUGGAAAACUAGCAGUCAUUAUUCCGUUCAGAAACCGAAAAUUUCACCUUCGAGUACUUCUUCAUUAUUUGCACCCUGUGCUACAAUCACAACGAUUCGAGUAUUGUAUUUACGUCAUUAAUCAGUCAAACAAAGGGGUCUUUAAUAAAGGAGCUUUAAUGAACGUAGGGUACUUGGAGGCCAUGAAACGUCACAAUUACUCUUGUUACGUAUUUCAUGACGUAGAUCUGCUACCAGAAGAACAUAGAUGCUUGUACACGUGCUCCGAUGACGUCAGACACAUAUCUACUGGCAUUAGCAAGUUCAAGUACAAAUUGGUGGGCGGGGUCACAGUUGGGGGCGUCUCCGCAUUCACAACAGCUCAACUACAGCGGGUAAACGGGUGGUCGAAUCGUUACGUUGGUUGGGGCGGCGAAGACGACGACAUGGCGAUCAGAAUCCGCGCGCAUGGAAUGAGGAUUAGACGACCAUCUCCUUCGCUGUGUAAGUUUACGUCGUUGCCCCAUGGCCCUGACCCGGGAAACCCCCUAAACAAGAAACGUUUCAACAUGCUACGUCACACAACCAAGGAAAUGUUCGGGGAUGGUGUGAACUCGGUCGAGUACUCGGUGCUCGGAGAAACAUUGCAAGCUACGUUUACGAACAUAACUGUGGAACUGGGAAAAUACUAAAGUGUAUCUUUAUA